ACUUUAGACCCCGCAUUGUCUUCUUCGCCGCCAACAUGGGGAAGUUUCUAGUCGAGCCAUUCACUGGCCCUGACAGAGAGCCGGCUUGGAGACGAAGGGCUCGGUCUCCUCUGUUGCCUAUUCUUGUCAUCUUAGCAGUAAUUGUCACUUGGUACAGUCCUAUAGACACGAAGUUUGGCAGCAAGACCGUUGAUCAUCCUUUGGACCGUCAGUCCGAAAUCGUCCCUUCGACGGCGAAACACCCGUUCUACAAUCCGACCCCGACUCAGGAAGAAGAACAAAAUGCUUUUUAUACCCCGGACACUAUGGACGCACAGCGGCCAAAGACAGUCGCCGUUAUUGUAGAGACCAGCGCAUCACGUAUGGCCAGUCUGGUACCUGCUUUGGUACACACUUCUGCAGCACUUGGCCCUCAGUGGCCCAUCGUUCUCGUCACACGCAAGGAAAAUUGGAACGCAAAGUUCCGCCCAGCUCUUCGGCGCCUUCUCGAGGCCAAGCAAGUUCAGGUUACGUUUAUUCCAGACUCCAUGAGUGUGGCCACUACCUCUUUCGUUUUUCCUUACACCGCCAACUCUUGGCUGUGGAAGCAUUUUAGAGAUGUCGACCAGGUGCUCCUUCUCCAAAGAGACAGCAAAGUCUGUUCCACAUCAACACCAAACCUCGACAAGUUUCUUGAUUGGGAUAUGGUCAGCGUGUCCAGAAACCCAGCGCUUGGGCAAAGGUCUGAUGAUGGCGUGUCUUUACGCAACCCAAAGAUGAUGGCCAGCAUCGCAAGGGAUCUUGAAGGAAUUUCUGGGAUGGGCGAAUUCCUGUUCGACGAGCGGUGGCUGCUCAGUGAAGCCAAGAAGCGCGGUGCACGUCUGCCAGACGAGGGCGUAGCCAUGGAGUUUGCCCUCGAGGUGGCAAGCUGUGAAUAG